AAUACAAAUCGACGACGCAGGCGACGCAGCCUCCGCUGAAUCCGGCAUUGCCACGGUAACCGUGCAGCUCCGCUCAGCCGCACUGAGCCUUUUUUUUUCCUUUUCCUCAGAAAUCUUCCCCAAAGAGCAGCCACAGCGUUACCGUCCCAGAAAAUCGAAAUGGUGAAACUGGGCAGCACUCUCGGCGAGAAGGUGGAGAGGGAGCCAUCUCUGGAGGAUGGCUUUGAUAACAUCCCUCUGAUCACACCACUGGAGGUUAACCAGCUCCAGAAACCAUUUCCAGAUAAGGUCAUCGUCAAAACAACCACCGAGUAUCAGCUGCAGAAGAAGCAAAAGAAGAAACUGUACAUGCCAAGCAUUAAGAAGUUGAACAUAAACCUUUAUGACGAGGUGUCAGAGAAGGUCAAGCUCACAGGACUUAUUCUUAUCACCUUGGCUUUCCUUGCGUGUCUGCUACUGCUGGUUAUGUAUAAAGCUCUGUGGUACGAUCAGCUUAGCUGCCCUGAGGGCUUCGUCCUCAAGCAUAAGCACUGCACCCCGGCCGCUCUGGAGAUGUACUACCCGGAGCAGGACACAGGCUCGAGGGGAAGCCUGUACACCGCCAUCAGCCAUCUGAACCCAGCUAAGAAGGCUCUCCCUGAGCUCUCAUCUCCCUGGCUGCCUGUCAUUAACGCCAUGAAGGAAUCCCAGAAGGCCAAGGGGGAGGCGAGCCACUCCCAGCAGUGAGGGAUGGAGAGAGGGGAUGGUGGAGGAGGAGCUAUGACAGAGAGGUUAUGUGUAUGCUUGUUUGAGUGAAAGAGGAAGUACAGCAUUUAGAUGAAGUGUGUGCGUGUGUGUGUGUGUGUGCACGCGUGCUGGUGUUCCCUCUGUAUAUGUCCUAAGCAUCCAGACGUCCAGACCAGAUCAGAUAUUUGUCUUUAAAAUGCAGAGAGGAGCUCCAAAGCCUACUGAAAUCAGCCGAUCUCUCUAAGGAAUUUCCCUUACUCAUACUUGACAAUACAAACGCUAUCAGCUCUUCAGAAACCGUCUCGAUGUAUUAAAUCAAAUGUAGAUAUUAGCAACUCGUUCUUUAGAUUCAUAACUUCAUGUCCUUUGACUCAUUGUGCUGUUGUGGAUUCAUUAGUUUUUGCCUCGGUGUUUGUGCUUUUCACCAUCUCCACCUUAAGUAGCUCUCGCUCGGUUUAACGUGAAAGUAGCUUAGCUUAGCAGAACAACCCAUGCAUGGCGUGUAAAAUGUGCUCUCAAACAGGAAAAAACAGCAUUCAUAUGAUUAAAAAUAGUUUCAAUCACAAUCAAGUCAGAAUCAUACUCUAUACAAUUUUUCUCCUUAAGAAAUUUUGCUAAAACAUGUGAUCUGUUAAUAAAUAUAAUAAAGCUAGCAAACCAUGUUUUGCUUUAUGCAUAGACAUACUUUAUACCCAUGUAGAGAUUGCUGUAUAAUCACUGGCUGUUUACACGAAAAUGAAAAAUUGCUGAAUGUAAUGUGAAACACAAGUGAACAGGAUUUUGAUAUGUAUUUAUCACUUCAUGUAUCGUGAUUUUUUUUUUCCUUCGUUUGUUUGUGUAUUUGUGCUCAAAUGGACAUUUCCCAUAAAAUUCAAGCCACCAGCAACUGUAGACAUAUUUCAUAAAACAUCCUGUUGUGCACACUCAAGAAUGUGAAAUUAAAACCACUAAAUUAAAUAAAGGUGUCCUUAAGUAUGUAGUUUAAAGGACGCCGUUAUGAAUGUGCUAACUUAUCUAUCUCCGAUAACCAUCUUUUACUAAUUUUCCCCAAUUUGCCUUGAUUGUAACGUGCCAUCAUAUACAUUUUUCCUUGAAAUUCUUAUUGUUUAUUUAUGUAUCAUUUUUGUAAGUAUUCAUCUGUAUAGCUUUUGGGUAUUUAUUUGCUGGAACUACUUAAUUAAUUGCAUUACAUUUCAGUAUAUUAAGCUGGAAAUUUAUUUUGUAUUUAUUUUCAUACUGUUUUUGGUGUAUAUUUUUACUGGAACAGAACAGUUAGUGUGAGAUCCUUUUAAAAAGCAGCUACCGAUGUUAAUCCUCCACUAUUAAGUCAUGUGUACAUGUGGCAGUCUACUGUUAUUAAAUGGCUUCAUCUUACGGGAAUAAAGAUUUCAGUAUUCA